AUGGCAAAUGCGCGGAGAGCAACCGGUGUACGCUUUAUAGAUCAGAAGAUCGAUGAUCUUGAAGAAAUACGACGACCAGCGAACCGUAGCAAGCAGUCUGCAAGAUUGUAUAGCAAGUUAUACGAUGAAGCUACCGCUUUCAUCCUAUCCCUGUAUUGGGAUAGGGAUAUAGAGCAGUAUAUCGAUGAACUGACUAGAAUAAACCAGUCAAUCAAAGAACAAAAUAGGCGAAACCGCCGCGACUUAGCUGAAGGCCUCAUCGACAUCAAAUUUUUCUAUCAGAUGAGACCGACCAUAGAGGAAGAGGAGACAUAUCACACUAUUAAAGAGGAGCUCAAAAUGAAUCACUAUCCAUCUAAUUGGGCACCCACAGACCCAACUCUCUACAGAGAAUUUAACCCACAGUCCAUUGCUGUUGGCCCAUCAAACGAUCACGAUUCAUUUUUCGAUGGUAACACUGAUGAUGAUCAUGGUGGUACUGCUGAGCUCGAUAAUGUUGAUCAUCACGAUGACAGCGAGCAUGACGGUGAGCACGACGGUGAGCACGACGGUGAGCACGACGGUGAGCACGACGGUGAGCACGACGGUGAGCACGACGGUGAGCACGACGGUGAGCACGACGGUGAGCACGACGGUGAGCACGACGGUGAGCACGACGGUGAGCACGACGGUGAGCACAACAGUGAGCAUGACGGUGAGCAUGAUGGUGAGCCCGACGAUGAACACGAGCAAGACAAUGAGCAUGAUGAGGAGGAGUAUGAUGAGCAUACUGGCCUUGACUACGAUGCGGACUACGAUACAGCUGUUACCGAUGGCGAAGUAGAUGAAGAACUGUCUCCCCCCCGAUCUGACAGGCUUUUUGAGACUUCCUUUACGUCGAUCGAUGAUAUCAUCCUAGACGUAGCGGAGAAUUUCAAUAUGAAUCUAGACUCUGGAGACAUCAUCGCUUUUCGAAAAUAUGGGAAAUUUGGCUAUGGAGUUAUUGUUCACUAUGGUACCGGCCCCUACAUAGCACGUUUGGAGCCUUUAGGGAGACGAAGUCUUCCUUCCAUCGACAUAGCUCCUCAUCUGCAGGAACAAUAUAGGGCGUUCUUGAAGAACGGAGAUAGAUACAUUUGGAAGAGAAGUGACAUCGCUGGAUUUGGUUUAGUAGCCUUUAGGCUAGAUCCAGGGUAUAUAUCGGAUCCAACAGUCACUUUACGACCUAUGCAGAAAGCUUUUUAUCCGGAAACCUAUAUUGAAGUUGUUUGGAAUGAUGAUCAGAGUACGUGGGAGUCUCGUGAUGGACUCCGCAAACUAUGGAAUGCCAAAAAUCCGUUAGAAGCAGACACGCUUAUAUAUCAACUCGUUAUCAAACAAGAAUCACUAUAUCAGGAAGCACUCACCGGAGUACGUCCAAACUAUGCAGUUGGACAGAAUCUUCAGAAUCAACACUGGAGAAACACGAAUGCUGCUGGGAAAGCCUAUUAUGCUGAGCCUCGUGCUAGAAAAGACAGGCGAGUCACCGCCGUUGUGAUGGAAGAUAUCCAUGACUCGGAAGAACUUUGGGAUGAGGAAGAUGACCUUACAGAAAGCGAUUAUGUAGAAGAUGGGUUUGUCGAGGGCUGGACAUCCGCAACACAAGAUCGGAGGACUCAGUCAGUACCUCCUUAUCGAGGUUCUCGAGAAACUCCCGCAAGACAGACUCCCGCAAGACAGACUCCCGCAAGACAGACUCCCGCAAGACAGACUCCCGCAAGACAGACUCCCGCAAGACAGACUCCCGCAAGACAGACUCCCGCAAGACAGACUCCCGCAAGACAGACUCCCGCAAGACAGACUCCCGCAAGACAGACUCCUGCAAGACAGACUCCUGCAAGACAGACUCCCGCAAGACAGACUCCCGCAAGACAGACUACUGCAAGACAGACUACUGCAAGACAGACUCCCGCAAGACACACUCCCGCAAGACAGACUACUGCAAGACAGACUCCCGCCCCAGUGGCUGGGACAAGUUCACUCAGGCACAAUUCCUCCAGACCAACUCGACGCGAGACUGUAAGGAGUGCAGUGAGUAGAUCGGAUCAGCAGUCUACCAAUAUCCAGGGGAGGGAAGUAGAUGAGAGAGCCCAGCAAGCACCUGAUAGACGAUCGCCAUACUUUGACCAGAACGAUCAGUCAGUUCGACGAAGAUCUGAUCAGGAAAUACCCAGUGCUUCGACAGAGCCUAAAAGACCCCAGCAGAAGCGGUCUCCGUAUUUUACCAGAUCUAGAGCAAGAGGUAAUCAGGCAUUGCCUCCAGAGAACGAGCAGCACAAUCCUCGAACUACUCCUCCAGGGCCAGCCAGGCGAAGCUUAUUCAGAACGCAGAGCACGGCACCGCAGUCUGCCCUGAGAAACCCAGCGACUACAUCCAGGAGUCAGCAAUCAUCAUCUAGACAAACUCCAGCUACAACAACUACAUCAAAGAGUCAGCAAUCAUCAUCUAGACAAACUCCCGCUACAACGACUACAUCCAGGAGUCAGCAAUCAUCAUCUAGACAAACUCCCGCUACAACAACUACAUCCAGGAGCCAGCAAUCAUCAUCUAGACAAACUCCCGCUACAACAGCUACAUCCAGGAGUCAGCAAUCGUCAUCUAGACAGACUCCAGCUACAACAAAUACAUCCAGGAGUCAGCAAUCAUCAUCUAGACAAACACCCGCUACAACAGCUACAUUAAAGAGCAAUCCUUCAACAAGAAGCGGCACUUCCAUAUUCUCACAACGGACUUUAAGUACUCAACAUAGUACACCAGAUGAAGACUGGAGGAAGCAAAGCCCUUCAUCUGACAAUGAGAGACCUGUUAAAUCGAGAUUCAGAUGGGUCUAA